CAGGCCAGCGAUUUGCGCUUCCCGAGGAGCUGGUUGAUUUCGAGUCCAAACAGGGUCAAUGCAUAGCAGCUUCUGCGAAAGUCAACCGAGAUUUGGUCCGCGCUUUGCUUCGACAGGAACAUCCUGCAUUUUGCGCAGUGGCUUCUGCCAUGACAAUAGCUCAAACUGAAGGAGUUGGCCCAGCAGAGCAAAAACGCUUUGUGGAGAUCUUCCGCCAGGCCGUUGCUUGGCCUCCUGUGAUGGCCUGUUAUGGCUUGGAUGCACUGGAUUCCUUGCCUGGCAUGUUAAAGUAUUGGUUGCUUUCGCACUUGCAGUAUGAUGGAGCUCCCUUGGCACUUCUAGCGGAAUGGCUCCGAUUGUUAGAUUUUGAUGUCCAGAUCAAAAGUGCUGGCAAUUUGGACGAGGAUGCGUUCCGUGCUGAUGUUGCAGAAUGUUUUCCAUCGCUUGACCGUGGAGAUCCGUGGCCCAGGAACUACAUUUUGGUGAAUUAUUCACGUUCAGUCGUCGGACAGCGGAUGUUCAGUGGAGGUCACUAUGCGCCUAUAGGCGCUUUUCACCAGGAAGAGGACAAGGUGUUGUUGUUGGAAGUCAACAGCUGGCGGUAUCCCUCGGUUUGGGUUGACUUACCACUGCUUUGGCAAGCGACCCAUACGCAGGUUGGAAAUGGCACCUGGCGAGGCUACCUUCGAAUUUCGAGCAGCAAUGUGCAUCGAACGGGGAAAACAGAACGGUGGUGCUGA